CGGUCCUGCACAUCUCUUGUCCUCCCUCCGAGGUUCUGCAGCACCUUCUAGUCAUUCACGCCUAUCUCGUCACGCGCGUCCAGCAUUGAGACUCCCGUCUUCCGAGCACACUGUUCUGCGACGGUGCCAUGCGCGACAGCAAGGAACCGUUCUCGAUGGAUCACGGAGACCGGGAGAAGGAGGUAGCUUAUGGUUCGAGCACUCCUCGUGUCUCGUCUCCUGGAUCAUGGCUUCAGCGACCGGUCUUCCAAGUCACCCUUACCCCGGCGCACGUUGGGAUGGCGAUGCUGUCGUUCACUUUGGCCGCUUUGUUCGCCUACAUCAACCUGCUGGCGAGACCUGAGCCUACCAGCGCCCUGGAUAAUGGUGUCGGACGGCUCCCCUUUAUGGGGUAUAAUACUUGGAACGCCUAUGUGUGCGACAUCAACGAGACCGUCAUUCGCGAGUCUGCGGACCUCCUCGUCUCACUGGGAUUGAAGGACCUCGGCUACAACUACAUGAACAUCGAUGACUGUUAUGCUGAAAAGAACCGCACGGAGGACGGCGACAUCGUCGAGAGUGCCGAGCGCUUCCCUUCUGGGAUGCGUAACUUGACGGAUUACAUCCACGACCUCGGGCUAAAGACUGGGAUAUACAGCGAUUCUGGUUGGUUCACCUGUCAGUUAUACCCCGGUUCCUUCCAGAAUGAAGAGCGUGAUAUCAAGCUCUUCCGUGAGACGUGGAACUUCGAUUUGCUAAAAUACGACAAUUGCGCCGUUCCCUUCGACGAAAUCAUUCGUGAAGGCAUGGUUGGUAAAUUCACCCGCAUGGCGGAUGCUAUUGCCGCCCAGGCGAAGUCAUCAGGCAAGGAUCCUAUCCUCUUCUCCCUAUGUCAGUGGGGAAGGGAGCAGCCAUGGCUUUGGGCGAAGCGCCUUGGUCAAUCGUGGCGGACGACAGACGACAUCGGCCCGCACUGGGACGCCAUCUCGAGUAUUAUCAACCAGAACAGCUUCUACACUUGGAGCUCUGACUUCUAUGGGCACGGCGAUAUGGACAUCCUCGAAGUUGGGAACGGAGACCUCACAUUCGAGGAGGCCAAGUCUCACUUCACCGCUUGGGCUCUGAUGAAGAGUCCUCUGCUCAUCGGGACGGAUCUAUCCAAGAUCACCAAGGAGUCGCUCACUAUCUUGACGAAUACGGAGAUCAUCGGCAUUAACCAGGAUUCCAAGGUCGGCACGGCCAUCACACCCUUCCGCUGGGGUAAGAACCCUGACUGGACGAAUGACUACACGUAUCCGGCGCAAUACUGGAGUGGCGAGAGUGAGAAUGGCACGGUCGUCAUGCUGCUCAAUGUUGAGAACGAACCGGCCGACAUGUUCUUCACCCUCGCGGAGUCGCCUUGGAUCAGGGCUGGUCGCCAGUACUCGGUUCGGGACCUCUGGUCGCACACGGACAACGGCACGGCCGUGCGCAACCUAACCGUCACGAACGUACCCGCGCAUGGCGUUGUUGCUCUACUUUUGAAAGACGCCGGUGAUGAACCAGCGGGUCUUCAGCCCCCGUGCUCCAUUCUAGAGUGGUGCAUUGACCAGAACGGCACGAGAGUCGACCAGUGAACGCGUGUCAGCCUGAGUCAGGGACAGGCAGGCCUUCCUGAUCAUUCAGAAGAACUCAAUUUUCUUAUUACCUCUGUAUAACAUAACACCGAAUUGUGAACUCAUCGAAACACGUUGCGAUCUUCUUUGUCUAC